AAUUCUAUGGGCGAGUUGUUUCGGAAUCGCAAAAAAAGUUAAAGUCCGCUGUUUUUGGUCGUUAAUAAUUCAGAAAGAGAUAGAAAAUGGCAGCUGUAAAUGAUCCAUGGAUGCAAAUCGUGGCCAAUAUUGGUCUUGGAGCAUUUAGCCACCCUAUGGGAUAUGUGAAAACGUUGAUUCAGCUGGGUUAUGAACCUCUUCCCCCUCGUUUAGGAAGGAAUGCCUUCUUCAGAGAAUGCUACCAGCUGCCAGGAUUUUUUCCUUAUGUAAGACAUAUACACAGAGUAGACGGUUUCACUGGCCUGUACCGUGGGUUCUUUCCUGCUCUUUGUCAGAACUUCAUUGCUGGUGGUGUCGUAAGAUCAGUUACUGAGAAACUUGAUGAGCUGUUCCCUGUUGAAGAUGAGAGUGAAAAGAAAGCCCUUGCCAAGAAAAGACCUGAACUGGCCAGUGUGUCAUUCCAUACAUUCAUGCUUCAGAUGUCCAAGGAUUCUGUGGCACACUUCUGUGCCGUCGUCGUAACACAACCGUUCAAUGUCGUCAUGGUUCGGAGCAUGGCUCAGUUUAUUGGCAGGGAAACAAAGUACAGUGGUUGGAUAUCCCCUUACACUGAAAUCUACAAUGAUUCAGGAAUCAAAGGAUUCUUUGUAGGACUGGCUCCUAAACUAAUAUUAGAUCUACUCACCUUGUGGCUUGCCAGGACUAUGUACUACACCUUCAGUAGACUAUUCGUAGAUGAUAAUAUGACAAAUGUAUCCGAGCUCAGGAGCUAUGCAAACAUCAUUACAGGUUUUCUAGCGAGUAUGAUAACCUAUCCAUUCAGCCUCAUCAGUAGUAACAUCAUUGUCAAUAAUUGCGGAUUGUUAGCUGGCACGGCACCUUAUGUACCAGUCUAUGUAAACUGGGUUGAUUGCUGGAGGGACCUCAGAAAGAGGGGUCUUCUCAAGCGUGGCUCUAGCCUCUUCUUCAGACGCUACAACCCCAAGAUGGUGGUCUUCCAGCCGGAGCCGGUUACUCCUUUAGACUAGGCCAUAUCUCAACAUCUCCCCCCCCCCAGCCCUGCCCUUUAUGACCCCACCCGCCUACAGAGCCCCUCCCCUUUCUCCCUUCCCUAUAGAAUUACGUUCCUCCACUCUCUAUCGGGUUUUGUGGUUCCAAUAUUCAAUGUUUAAACCCAUUGGCCCGUAUUCUGUAGUUAGGUUUAACUUAGACCAUGGUCUAACUUUGUGUUAAACUUAUGGGAAGCCAAAUAUGUCAAAAUUAUGUUUUCAUUGAAUGCUUCUAAUGUUCACUGUGCUCUUUUCUAAUUUUGUUAUGUUGAAGGAAACUAUCUUAUUCAUCCUUCCCAGACAAUUAAGAAUUAUUUGAGACUAAAAUGAGCUGAUGCACUCAACCUCUACUGUUACAGAAUUAUGCCACAACCGGCUUCCCAUAGUUAAACCGCAACUUUAAACCAGAGUUUAAUUUAAACCUGACUUCAGAAUACGGGCCAUUGGCUAUUGAAUCCUGUGACUGUACUUUCCAAUAAAGAUUCUAUGAUUCUCAUUGGCUUUGUAAAGGGAACACCUGGCUAUAGUAGGCAAUUGGUUAACCUUUCGACUACUGAAUUCUGUGAUUCCCAUAGACUGUAUUAUACAGAGACCAACCAGUUUCAGUAGGUAAUGGGUUAACCUGUUGACUAUUAAAUUCUAUAACUACCAAAGGUCUUUUACAGGGACCAAUAGGCAACUCUUCCUCCCCUUCCCCUUCUCUCUCUCUCUCCCUUCUCUUCUCUCCCUUCCCCUUCCCUCGGAGUUUUAAUCUCAUCUAUGAUGUAAUCAUGGUGAGAUGUAUAUCUAUUUUUCUCGAUAUGACCUCUGACCCCUCUUUUACUUCGUGAUCUUUGCGUACGAACGCAGCAAACCAGUCUUGAUUUUUCGCAAUAUUUUAUAUCAACUGUUCAUGAUGAUUGUCGUAUAUAUCUCGAUGAAUAAAUUCUCUUUUGUGGGUUCAGUAGGAAAAAAAAAAGAUUAUGUAUUUUAAACUUGAGAGUAAACUUUGGCUUUAUUCAAUAACUGUCCACAUAUUUGGUAAUUUCAUGCAUAGAAAUUCUUUGAUGUUAAUCUCAAGAGCUAUACAAACACUGUUCAUCAUUAUUAUUGUGGUGAUGAUGUCUCCUACUGCGACCACCCUGGAUAAAUUUGCAUUAGGAGCAAUGACCCGCAUCAGUUUAUCGAUGAUAUUAUAUUAUUCUUUGCGGUUGAAUGCAGAAAUUGCUUUGAAGGUUCAUUUGUCCUUUUUGUAAGUUUUGAUUUUGCAUAUAUUUGCAAUGAACUCUUUGGUAGCUUACAGCAUUUAAUUUUUUUUUAAAUCCAUAUUCGAUGGGAUGGAUCCAGUACAAGUUAAUGUUUUUAUGAAUGGAUAGUUUAUGGGUCUUCUAUAAUGAAAUAUGGAGAUAUGUCAUGUCAACAUUUAAAGCAGGUACGAACCAAUAGCGCCAUCACGAGUUCUCAACUACUCAUAUCUGGCCAGUUUCCUGACCCACAAUGCUAGUGUAGUCUAGUAAUAUAGACCCACUUGAAUGAUAACAUGCUAAUUUUUUACUCAAUACAUUUAUACUGCAAUAACUAUGUUACCAAGUAGCAAAACAAUUACUUUUCCUCUCAAAACAUUUCAGUUUCUCUUUACAAAUACAAUUACAGGUCAGUUUAUUCUGUUGUAAAAUAGUAGAGAUCUGGAAACGUACAUGUAUAUUUCAAGACUAUGUACUUAUAACACACAGUCAAUGAGAGACCACACACAGUUCACUCGCCCUUUAAGAUACUAGAUGUAAAUUUAGAAUUUUCAUGAACACUUAAACCUGACUGUAUGGUUGAUUUACAAGAAAUUCUAAAAAUACAUGGAAUUUUUUUACAUAUCAAGAAUGGUAUGGAAAAAAAGAGUGACAUUUGAUGUAUCAAAUAUCAAAUUUUAUGUGAUUUUGUAUCGUCCAAUUAUGAUUACCUCUCUGUUACUUAUUGCAAGCAAGGUCAAUGCAAUAAAAUGUUGAAGAGAAUGUAGCUCAUCAACCGUUUUAUCAAAUAAUGAAUAGAAUAUUCAGCUGUAUCACUUUUGUGUGUACAGGGGUGGGUGUCAUGAAUAGUUACAAUUAAUGUUUGCAAUUAAUUGUAACCUUUUGUACAUGGAUCACCAUAGACUUACAGUUAUGAUUAAAGGGGAAUGAAACCUUUGGAACCAGUAGGCUUAUGUCAAAACAGAAAAAUCAAAGAAUAAGAACAAAGAAAGUUUGAGAAAAAUUGGACAAAUAAUGAGAAAGCUAUGAGCAUUUGAAUAUUGCAAUCACUACUGCUAUGGAGAUCCUCCCAUUGGCAAUGCGACAAGGAUGUGUGAUGUCACAUGUGAACAACUUUCCCUUUGAUGGACUAUAAAAUACCCUCAAAAUGUCUUUUUGCUUUUUCUUAUGGUGAUACAAACUCUUUAUCCAUGAUGUAUUCUUUAAAAAUCUGUAUUACAUGCCCUCCUAUAGAAAGAACACAUGAUCUACCGAUACAUGUGAUAAAAGAGGCAAUUUAAGUGAUAUAUAUACUAAAGUAAUGGGGAAAGUUGUUCACAAGUGACAUCACACAUCUUUGUCGCAUUGCCAAUUUGAGGAUCUCCAUAGCAUUAGUGACCGCAAUAUUCGAAUGCUCGUAACUUUCUCAUUAUUUGUCCGAUUUUUCUCAAACUUUUGUUGAUCUCUUUCUUUGAUUUUCCUGUUUUCACACAAACUAUCUUGUUCCGAAGGUUUCAUUCUCCUUUAAUUGUACGAUUGAUUGAUGUUUUUUUGUCACAGGGCCCAGACCGUAUUCUCAAUGUGUAUCUGCAGGUUUUUGUUCUUUAUGUUGUUAUCAAAUGACCGUAAAGAGAAAAUUAUGUAUGAAAUUAAUUUCUAUUAAAAUAGGACCUUGUAAUUUUAAAAAGCAUUAUAAUGCAGCAAAUACUGGAUAAUCAUCUGUCCCCCUGAUAUUUUCAUGUUAAAUGAUGUUAAUAUAACUGCAGGGAGCCUUUGUAAAGCAAUGCUUUCAAAACUGAACAGGCCUAUACUGCAGUAUAAAAUAAAUAAAAACAUAAGAAUAAAUAAAUAAUGAAUAUUAUAAAUGCCUGGGUGUGUUUCAUAAAGAUAUAAGUGUGACUAAAACAAUCCCACUCAAAUUCUGCCUUGCGUUCGUUAUGUAAUGAAUCGCCACGUUGGUCAGAAUAUGCUCAGAGGACAUGCAAUACUCAAUACUGUAUAGUAAUCAAUAAGGUUGUAUUACCGGUACUUUGUUCACUUUGGCGUCAAGUCCUACUUAGCUCUUUGUGAAACACUGUCCUUACGAUCAAGAUGAUACGCCAAUCACUGAAAUCUUGCUAUAGAAUGAAGUCUCACUUUGUUAUUUGAGAUGAUAUUCACAUUCCUCUUUAAAUGUAAUUUUCGCUCUUUUUCAAGUUAGUACUCUAGAUAUCUUUUAUCGUCAUGAUGAAAACUGCUUUUAUAUUUACAUGCUCGCUUUGUUUAGAACAGUAGCUGGCAGUACAAAAUCUUCACUGUCAUGUGUAUUGGGGAACAUUGAGAUUAAAGUGAUUAUGUUAAUCAUUUAAUUUCCUUUUUUUUCUUCCAAAAAUAAUUAUUUUGUUUAAAUUUUGUAUUUUAGUAUGUUUCCCCCCGAACAAAUAUUACAUGUUUAUUUAUGCAUAAUUUGUCAGUCGGUGUACUAGCAGAUGUAAUAUUAGAUUAUCACAUUUAGUCUGCCCAAGUAUACCUUCUGUUGUUGAAUCAUCGCGAAAGAUUUCAGAUUCAAGGGCGGUUUCAAGUUUGGUUCGACCUAUCAAUAAUUUUGAGAUGUCUUUACCGAAACAAUUAGUAACAUCAAAGUAUUCUGAAAACCAUAAUUUCUUACUCAAUUCGAUCUCAUAGAUAUGCUUGCAAUAAAAUUGUGAUUUUUCCCAUUUAAAAUUCACUCUUUUGCGAUCAACUUUUGAUAUAUAUGUUUGCAUGUUUUCAAGUACUAAGGGCAGUUGAAAGAGAAAUAAUCUGUAACAGAUUCAUGUUUAAAUGUGAAAUACUUUGUGAGUAAAUAUGAAUGAUCCAUGUGAAGAGAAUCUAUUAAAGAAUGUUUGCAUACCAUGUA